AUGGCCUUGUCUAUCAAGAACGCAUACUGGUGCGUACACAUCAAGUGGAAGCUGUUUUAUAAAACUAGACCCUGCACUCUCUCUGUCAUACACCCAGUUAAUCGCCACCCUUUCCCCUCUUUUGCUUGUUUAUUUUCUCCUCUCUUUUUUAUUGACUUUUCUUUUAAUUUUCCUCUUCUCUACUUUCUUAUUUUUUUUACUCUACUUCUAAUAUAUUCCUUCUCUUUUCCUUUUUGUCUAUCUUCCUUUACAUUCUUCUCCUUCUCUCUAUAUUUUCCUUUACUAACCCUUCUUUUCACAUCGAUGAAUAUCACUUUGGCCAUUCCGAUUUUGUUUGAUUAUUUUCUCCUCUCUUUUCGUCAUAUUUUUAAGAAAAAAAAGGCAUUUCUUCAACCCCCCCCUAGUAUGCCUUCUUAUUUUUCAUUUUACUUUGCAUCUCAUAUAUUCCUUAUUUCUAAUCUAACUUAUCUUUCUUCUCGUUCUCUUGAUUUUUUUUCUUUCCUAAUCGUUCUGUUAAGUUACCUUUUCUUUUCCUUUUUUCUUCUCGUUUUGUUUCUCUUCCUUUUAAUAUUCUAUCCGUCUUCUUUUUCCUAUUCUUUUCUUAUAAGCGUUCAUUAA